AUGACAAACGUGAGCCUGGUCACCACGUUCAUCCUCAUUGGCCUUCCCCGAGCACCUGCUCUGGACACUCCCCUCUUUGGAAUCUUCUUGGUGAUUUAUGUACUCACCGUGGUGGGGAACCUCCUCAUCCUGCUGGUGAUCAAACUGGAUUCCCGCCUCCACACUCCCAUGUACUACUUCCUGACCAACCUGUCCUUCAUUGACAUGUGGUUCUCCACCGUCACUGUACCCAAAAUGCUCAUGGCCUUUGUCUCCCCGGAAGGGGGGGCUAUCUCCUUCUAUGGCUGCGUGGCUCAGCUCUACUCCUUCCACUUCCUGGGCAGCACCGAGUGUUUCCUCUACACAGUCAUGUCCUAUGAUCGCUACCUCGCCAUCAGCUACCCGCUCAGAUACUCCACCUUGAUGAGCAGGAGAACAUGCGCCAUGCUGGCCGCUGGCACGUGGCUGUGUGGCUCUCUGCAUUCUGCUGUGCAGACCAUCCUGACAUUCCGCCUGCCCUACUGUGGGCCCAACCAGAUCCAACACUAUUUCUGCGACGCACCGCCCAUCCUCAAAUUGGCCUGCGCAGACACUUCAGUCAACGACAUGGUGAUCUUCGUCAACAUCGGGGUGGUGGCGUCCAGCUGUUUCUUCCUCAUUGUCCUGUCCUACGUGAACAUCGUCUAUGCCAUCCUGAAGAUCCGCACGUCUGAUGGGCGCCACAAAGCUUUUCAGACCUGUGCCUCCCACUGCAUUGUGGUGCUUUGUUUCUUUGUUCCCUGCGUUUUUAUUUACCUGAGACCUGGCUCCCGGGAUACUGUGGAUGGGAUCGUGGCAGUGUUCUACACUGUGCUGACACCCCUCCUCAACCCUGUGGUGUACACCCUGAGGAACAAGGAGGUGAAGAAGGCACUGCUCAAGCUGAGGAAUGAGUCCGUGUUCACUCAGAGAAAAUAA